CUAUUUUAUGAUAUUUAUGGACACUUUAACCCUUUAUCUGCUGAAGGACAUUACCAGUUUGGGGCUAUGAGUAAAGGCGAGGUGAACAUGUCUGUACCAGUUUUCAGUUGCCCAAGGAUAUAGAAUCAGGGGUCACAAUUUUGGUCUCUCUCAUAGCCCAGGGUGUCCACCAAGUCCCUUUGUAGCCAAGGCUGGCCCUUAAUCCUCCCGAUCCUUUUCUGCUUCCGUUUCCCAGGCUGUCAUCGCUUUUACGGUCUUUAGUGAGCGGGAGGAUUCGGGUGUGGAUUUCGCUAGUGUUUGAGUGCGGAGGUCAGAGGACAGUUUGUGGGAGUCCGUUCUCUCGUGGCACCCAGGAAUUGAGCGCCGAUCGUCAGGCUAGGUGGCAAGCGCCUUUAACCCGGGAGCCGUCUUUCCGGCCCCCAGGACGCGGACUUAAAGUUAAGGUACUAUUUCCUAUACUCCUGGGGCAUUUCCUACUCAAACACAGGAAUUCAGGGACUUUGCAGCGAGCCCGCUCCCGCGUACAGGGAAACCCUCAGAAACGCUGUGGAGGCACCGCGCAGGAUGUCUAGAUACGAGAGCGGGGACCGUUUCGCGUCCGUAGCCCAGAUCUCACGCGAUUCUGACGGGUCAGGACGCCGCAUCCGCGUUCCUGAAGGCACGAGCAGCCUCGCUGGGGAUCCGUAGGGCAUCUACGUACCGGCGCGCUGACGCCCCGCCCUAGGGGCGGAGUUCGUGCUUGAGGGCGGAAGUGCGCCCGGAAGCUGGAGGGCGGGGCGAUGGGAACGACCUCCAGGAGCGCCAAUGGGGCGGCGCGGCGGGCUUGUUGUCUUACGCGGGUGGUGAGGGAGGGCUAACGGUUUCCGGUAGUGGCAGCCCCCGGUCGGCGAGAUGAUGGGCUACGCGGCGUCCGAGACGACGACCGGCUACGCGGCGUCCGAGACGACGACCGGCUACGCGGCGUCCGAGACGACGACCGGCUACGCGGCGUCCGAGUUGGGGUUGGGGUCCGUGGCGGGCGAGGAGGCCGAGGAGGUGCCCGGGCCGGCCCCGGAGCCGCGAGCCCCGGAGCCCGAGCCGGGCCUGGACUUGAGCCUGAGCCCGAGCCCGGUGCCCGCGAGCCCGGAGCGGCGGGGCGGCAGCCCGGGGCGGCGGCGGCGCGGCCGCCGGCGGGGGCGCCAGGUUCGUUUCCGCCUGGCGCCGGCCUCCCCGGUCCGCUGCGAGCGGCUGCUGGCGGCCGCCGUGCCGAGCGCCGCCGCCGCGUUGCCCCGGGAGCUGGAGGCGCCGGCCCCGCGGAGCAGCCUGGCGCUGAGUCUGGAGCUGCAGAGCGCGCGCGCCGCCGUCGCGGGCGGCCAGUUUGAUGCUUCGAAGGCGGUGGAGGAGCAGCUGAGGAAGUCGUUCCAGACCCGCUGCGUCCUGGAGGAGGCCGUGGCGGAGGGCUUGAACGUGCCGCGCUCCAAGCGGCUCUACCGGGACCUGGUGAGUGUGCAGGUGCCGGAGCAGCAGGUUCUGGACGCGGCGCUGAGGGAGAAGCUGGCGAUGCUGCCGCCGCCGCCGCCGCCCCGAGCCCCGCCCCCGAAGGUGAAGCCAGGGCCGGGGGCCGGGGCUCUUCCUGCAUCCGGAGGGCAGCCUCUCAGUGGCCUCGCCUUCCCACAGGAGGUGCUCGGGCAGGGGCCAGACGUGACCGUGCUGUGCAACCCAGACUCUCUGUGCCACGAAUCUCCGCACCUGGCAGUGGACGGGCUGCCCCCGCUACGGCUCCAAGCCCGGCCCCGCCCCUCAGAAGACACCUUUCUCAUGCAUCGGAUGCUGAGGCGCUGGGAAGCGUAGCUUUCGCAACUCUCCCGAUCAGAAGCUGCCUGUAGGGGGAAAGUGUCUGGGCCGCUCAGAGAUGACAAGUGGGAAGCACUAAGCGGGGUCAGACUCAGCCUUACAUCAUGGCGCCCAUGUCCCAGGACUUGGGAGGCCGAGGCGGAAGGAGCCUGUGGUCAAGGAGUCUGAGCUACACAAAGGAUUUCUUUUAAUGUGGCUUCAGGCUGGGCAGGUGCAGCUCAGUGGUGCAAAGCCCAGACUAAGUCCCCAGAGCGCAUGUGCAAGUGCAUACAGACCAUAGUCAAAGUGCUUCAGACUUCCACUUGCUGUGGUGAUGAACACUUGUGAGGUAGAGACUAGAGGGUCAGGAGUUCAGGCCAAACGAAGUUAGGGGAUACCGUCUCAGAAACCACAACAACAGAAAAACACCCCAACUCUGCCCUAUUUAUAAUAAAAAUUUAAUGUAUCUGUA